GAAGGAAUGCAUAUUAUAGACUUAGACUGACUUAAAUAUGAAACCAUGAGAGGGAAUUAUAAAUAACAAUUGCUUAAAGAAGGAUUUGUUUUAUUAGAUUAGAUUAAGAAGUAUUUGCAAAUCCCCGGGUUAAAAAUUAUUGACCAAAGUUUCACCAGUAACAAAAGAAUCUGUACUAAAAUGUAUGAAAUUCUCGUGGUUGUUUGUGUAUAUGUGUGAAUGGAGUUUAUUAUUGACAUUCAAUGAAGAAUAUUAGUCAGACAGCUGGUUUGGUUUGUAAAUAAUUAUUUUAAAUAGUCAUUUUUAUCAAACAAUAAAUAAAUCUAAGGGCUAAAGGAAAUAGGGUAAUAUUAUGUUGGGUAAUUUUGUAAAAAAAAUAGAAUAUGUUGACUUUUCUCUAUUAUUAAUAUUGCUCAAUUUAAAAUCAGUCAGUAAUUAAUUAGAAUAACCAAUUAUAUUAUUGUUGUUACGAUAUUUUUUUUUAAUCUAUCAUCUUAGUUAUUUUUAUUUAUUUAUUUAUUUUUUACAAUUAGCAAAAGCAAAAUUAGCAGUACUCCUGUAAUUGUUUUGCUUCUAUUUUUGCUCAGUUUUAGAAAUUUAAUAGGUUUAAAGUACUGCUAAAUAAGGUUUCAUUUUUUAUGAAGAAUAUUUCGAACAUUGACUGUCGUUUAGACUAAUUUGCACUCUGGUAAAGUGAAGUAAACCGUAAAAGCCUUUUAUAGCUUCUGUUCUUUAGCACUAGCUAGCUAGGUAAACAGCUGCAUGUUUCAUUUCUUUCUUUUACUGAACUGAGCAAGUUUAAGGUCCUCAUGGACAACAGGAGAAGACAACCAAAUUCUUCCAGCAACCUGGUUUACUGGUCAUCUUCGUUUCCACGGCAACCUGCCAGAGUCCUCGUGGUGGAGGCACUGCCACCAGCGUGGGCAGACACCUGCGCUGUGAUCUGCGAUGCUAUGGAUAACUUCCUGUCCCUGGCUUGUAAUCUGGAUGGACCCUGUAGGAUACCACUGCUCAGCCUGUACGCCAUCAGCCGCCAGCAGGAGUGCCUUCUGCCGUUCGUGAAAGUUCAGGGUAACUUGGCCCGGCUGCUCUCCUGCGUGGAUGAGCUGAGGUCGAUUCCGGCUGAAGGCUGCAUCAGAGGAGUGUCCAGAGCCGGGGAGCUGCUGCUGCAGGCCGUGCUGGACAGUCUGCAGCAGUUCAAGCAGUACAUCAGGCACACCAGCACGAGCAGCCAGGCCUGGAGCAACCUGCCUGUGGAGGUCACCGUGGUGACCAGCCAGUCAGGCCGAGCCAUCGUCCGUCAGCUGGAAGCUGGGCUCAAGGAAACUGACCUGGUGUCUCUAAGGCACCUGUUGGUCCUUCAGAUAGAUGGUUCGUGGGACUGGGGCCAAGAGAUUCCUUCACCUGAAGCUGCACAACAUGAAGACUCUCUGAUGCUGGGGACGGAGGUGGAGCUGCAGCAGGUGGAGAACAGCGUUCUAGCUAUAGAGAGCGUAUUAAAAGUGUGGCUUCAGGAGCAGGGAGGAGACCAGGAGCGUCUGCACCUCCUGUUGCCCUCCGAUAAUCUCACUCCAGUGUGUGUCAAGUGUGACAUACAGGAGCGUCUCAUAAGCCCCGCCCUAAUCCCCCUAACCCCUGACCUUGGAGUGAAGACUGAAAGACUUCGGGACUUCCUGCCAGUGGCUAAGGGCUCGGCCAAUCAGAGCUCAGCACCACAAAAGCUGAGAGCAAUCAAGACGCUGCGUGCGGACGGCGUGUGCGAGAGCGUGCUGUACGGCCUGCCGAUGGUCAUCCGCCCCACCACCUGCUGGCAGCUGGACUGGGACGAGAUGGAGGCCAACCACCACUUGUUCCUCGCUCUGUGCCACACGCUCAGAACUCUUGACCUGUUCCUGUUGCUGCAGACGGACUCCAGGUCUGCAGCUGGAUCCUCAGGCGUCAUUUCUCACUAUCUGCUCCAGCCGUCCCCGUCUCUGUCCUUCCUCUUGAAGCCUGUUGCCUCCAGAGAGCUGCUGCUUCCCUCCUCCAUGGCCGUCCCCUCUCAUGACCCUUCCCCUCAUGCCAUGCAGACUGUCCAGGGCUGUCUGUCUCAGCUGGAAGAGGAGUUUGUGUUGAACCCUCUGUCACUCUGCAGUAACCUGUACCAGCACCUCAGGGGCAGAGGUCUGCUGUCCCAGCCGCGAUACCCGUACAGAGUCCAGUCAGCGGCUCCACACAGAGAGCAAGUUCACACACCUGAAGGGCUGAGGAACCGAGCGGCUCGGCAGCUGCAAAAUCCAGGGCGCCACCACGGGUCGCACAGCAAGGUCAGGGCCACUGUGGCUCCACUGCCCUCCUCCACUGCUUCCUCUUCCUCCUUCCUGGGACAUCCUCCUCCUCCGAAGCGCCCCGCUCUGAGCUUCCUCAACAACCGCAGCGCCCCGACUCAGCCAGAGCACCACGGCGACGACAGCGCUGCAAGGAUGCAGUAAGAGCACAGAAGGCAGAUUCACACAAACAUGAAAAGUGCAGAAAAAGAAGAUUCAUGGACGGUUCAGGUUCCAGUUGUUUUUGAAAAGUUCACGUGUUACGUUUCACCGUCGCCCCAUGAAUUAAAGCUCACAUGUGCACAUUCCUCUCCAUUCUGCCCUUAAGCCCCAGUGUGAACACAGCUCCAGUGUUUUAAUGAGGUGCCUCUGCGCCGCUCGCCCCAGACAACAAAAACUGGUCCCAUCUGCAAAUAUGGAAAAUACUUCACUGUCAGCGUUUAAGGAGCGACUUUGACGCUCUUCUGACAGCAAGUGACAACAAUCCUAGCAUUGAUGCAGGUCGAUCUUUCCACAGCCACACACACACCUAAUCAGCAUCCCGCCAUUCCGCCCCCGUGCCAGCGACGACCCGACGGCGCAACGCCGUGAUGUCACAGGACUUCCGCAUUCACCAGUUAAAGCCACAACGGCGCUUUUGUCUGCAGGGAGAAUUCACUUGAACCUUCAUAUCUGCCCCCUGACAUUUCCCCACUUCUGCCACCCUCCGUCCUCUCGCUCUCCUUCUUCAUCCCCAUGGGCCCAGCAAACGCACGCCACUUUCAUCGUUUAGUUCAGGCGGAACAAAAGCGCCGUCUGUAACCCUAACUCACACCCAAAAGAAAAAAAAGGUCAAACCGUAACGCCGCCAGACACACGCCACGCUCAUUUUCAGAGGUAAAACUAAAACGGGAGUUUAUUUAACUGUACUUCCUGUUCAUCUUCUGUUUUAACUGAAUGUCUACAGCACUACCGUUCUGGUGACUUUAGAUGUUUUAUCUCAAACUUACUGUGUUCCACUCAUGUUGCUAAUUUUGUGACCAAAAUAAAAGCAUCAUUUGUGAAAGGUUAA